CACUGUUGUAUCAGUGAUUAAUACCUUAUCUAACACUGUAAGAAUAGAUCUUCCUUGAGUGUAGGCACCGGCCCUUGCCUUUAACUUCAUCGGCAUUCUGAUAUCAAACUGGUUGGUGAACACUCAGCGUGAAUUUAAAGAAUAAGUGAAGCCCUUCAGAGGUGAGCUUCUCAGACCAAGAUGGACGACCAGCUAAUGAUAUUACUCACUCUGUUUGGUUCUACGUUGCUCAUUGGUUUGGGUAUUGGUACCAUCUUAUCGAAGUUCCACCUUCCAUACAUAUGGCGACACAAGGUAAAUAAGAAGAGCAAGCAUCAUGGAGGUGAACUGGUGGCAGAGGUUCUACAUUCUCAUGGUAUACAGCACAUCUUCACACUACCAGGGGGACACAUUUCACCCAUUCUUGUUGCUGCGGAAAAACUUGGAAUUCGCAUAGUUGACACACGACACGAGGCAUCAACGGUGUUUGCUGCUGAUGCUGUGGCUCGCAUGUCGGGGACAGUGGGAGUAGCAGCAGUGACAGCCGGGCCUGGGCUUACUAAUACUAUUACAGCUGUUAAAAAUGCUCAGAUGGCAGAAAGUCCUGUGUUGCUUAUAGGUGGGGCAGCAGCCACAAUUUUGAAAGGCCGUGGAGCUCUUCAAGACAUAGACCAGAUGUCUCUCUUCAAGCCCCUAUGCAAGUACUGUGCUACAGUCACAAGUGUACGAGAUAUAGUAGCAGUUGUCCGUGAGGCCUUGCAAGCAGCACAGUCUGGCACACCAGGUCCAGUCUUCAUUGAGUUCCCAAUUGACGUUCUGUAUCCAUAUGCUAUGGUGUCGAAAGAGAUGGGCAUGAAAUCAGAUAGCAAGUCUUUCACACAAAAAAUCAUUAACUGGUACCUUGACAAUUACCUUAACAAUCUGUUUGCUGGAGCAUGGGAACCUCAGGACACCAAGCCCCUCAAAAUCAGCAUUCCUUUUGCCUCCGUUGAUAUUGUGAACCAGUGUGUGGAGCUGGUGUCCAGGUCAAAAAAACCUGUGAUUCUUGUUGGUAGUCAAGCAACCCUUCCGCCAACUCCAGUGGAGGAUCUGCGUCGGUCACUGGAGACCCUGGGCAUCCCUUGUUUCCUUGGGGGCAUGUCUCGUGGACUGCUUGGACCAAAAAGUACUAUUCAGAUGCGUCAACGCCGUCGUGAUGCCUUAAAGGAAGCGGACCUUAUCAUCCUGGCCGGAGCCGUUUGUGACUUCAGACUCUCUUAUGGUCGAGGAAUGGGGCGAAAGGCUAAGAUUAUUGCUGUCAAUAGGAACAAGGAGCAGCUAUACAAGAAUGCUGACAUGUUUUGGAAACCAACUGUUGCUGUCCUCGGGGAUGUUGGAACCUUCAUGCGAGACCUGGCUGCUGGCCUCACUGGCCACCAGUGUGAUGUUGAGUGGAUUUCUUCUCUUAGAGAAAGAGAUGAGGGAAAAGAAGUUAUCAACAAAAAGAUGGCAGAAGAGAUACCAGAGAUGCACUUGAACCCCAUGAAAGUAUUUAAUGAACUGGAGGAACUGUUGCCACCUGAUGCUAUACUGGUGGCUGAUGGAGGUGAUUUUGUUGCAACUGCUGCCUACAUAUUAAGACCCCGUGGUCCCUUAAUGUGGCUGGAUCCAGGUGCAUUUGGUACUUUAGGAGUGGGUGGAGGAUUUGCUCUUGGUGCCAAACUUUGCCGCCCAGAAUCCCAGGUUUGGAUAAUAUAUGGCGAUGGGUCCUUAGGUUAUUCCUUAUCUGAAUUUGACACAUACACACGUCACAAGACUCCAGUCAUUGCUUUAGUGGGGAAUGACGCUGGUUGGACACAGAUCGCUCGUGAGCAGGUCCCCAUGUUUGGAUCUAGCGUUGCAUGUGAUUUAGCAUACUGUGAUUAUCACAAGGCUGUGGAAGGUCUGGGAGCUCGAGGUAUUCUGUUGGGUCGUAAUGACAGCAUCCCAGAAAAGUUGAGAGAGGCACAGAAGAUCCAUGAUGAUGAUGGUCUCCCAGUUCUUGUCAAUGUUUUGAUAGGUAAAACUAAGUUCAGAGAAGGUAGCAUAUCUGUUUAACCUGUAUUUUUAUUCUGAUGCCAUGAGCAGUUUCUUAGAUAUGAUGUACAGUGAAAGUAGAAGUUAUCAGCUUGGCUUUGGCUGAAGGUAUAAUGAAACUUAAAUACCCAACACAAUGAAUGGUGUACCUGUCAACCCCUUUCCAAGGUUCCACAGACUUGUCAACUGUUUAUGGGCUCCACACAUGCGUGUGUCAAAUGGUUCAAGCAUUCUGCAAUGUAUUUAUGAAAACCCCAAGAAGAUGCUUCAUUUUCUCACUGUACAUUUGCAUUAUUGAUCAAUAUUAGACAUUAAUUUGCAACUGUCAAGUGUUUAGUUCAAUAAAAAGAUUUGAAUAAAGAAACAUUCAAUAUUUGACCAGCAUCUGAUAAUGAAGUUGCAACUACUACCUUUUUUUUUUAUUAGAAAUAGAUAUACUUUAUAUGGGAACAGUGAAGUUAUUGUUAACCGAUAUAUGUUAUAUCAUGGCAAAUGUCGUUGAUUUGGAGUUCGUUUGUGUCUGUGCGAGAUAAACAGUUGGGUAAUCUAAUUAUUCAAGUGAUAUCUAUACGUGUUGUCAUCCACCUACGAGGACAGGUUAGCUAAACUUUUCUUCCAGGUCACUGAAGUUCGAUAGGAAUCAGAAAACUUUACGCGAGGCCAAGUCCUUUGGGGACGUAGGCAGUCUAAAAUCCUAGAGGAGUGUUACUGAUUUAGCACAAAACCAAGACCCAGAAUUUAUAAUUUCAUAAAAAAUAAAAUAAUAAUAAUAAUGCAGAUGGGCUUUAACAGUGAUAAAGAGGAGUCCAACACACUUAAAAAAAUAUAAAGAUCAAAGUCUAUAGUCAAUCUAAACAAGUAAAUUUGUAAGUCUUUUUAAUUUCAGGGACAAUUACAGUCAGUUAUAAUUUGCGAUGUGAUUUAAGGGAUAAAUGUCAUAUUUUUCAUCAACACUAUUUUCCCACAUUUUACACAUUAAUACUAAUUAAGAUGUAUACAAGAAAUGUAUUCUUAGGUAUAACUUGUCAACCUAAGGCCAAUGUUGCCAUCUAGCCAGUUUCAAAAUUUUGGUAUACAGGGGGUACCCGGUUACAAAAUAGUUCCGUUCCUGAGGACGUUCUUGUCGAAAAGUAAAUCAGAACACAUAACCAAUGUGCACUAUAUCAUAGCCCAAGUCCAUUUAUAUAACUAGAAUCACUUGACAAAAGAAGAAAUUGAAUGACAAUACCAUACAGGAAAGUAAUUUUUAAUGUUACACAUUGAAACCUGGGGUCUUCCACCCAUAUCACUAACAAUCUUUCUCUUUCCAUUAACAAUUCACUUCUUUAUUUAAUCACAGUUGAGUGCAUUAGUCUAGAUCCUAUUACAUGUUAAAGAAUUUUGUGUUUCUUUCAAAAUUGUACAGAAUGAAGCCCAACCAUUUACCAAUGACAGGGUGUUUUGCCUUUUUUAGAACAUUCAAUUACAUCAUCUUUCACUUCCAUUGUUUUCCUUUUCUUGGAUGCAAUACUAUCACUUGCAUCAGAUUAGCAUUUGGAAGCCAUGAUGAGGGCAGGAAAAUAGUUAACAAGCAAAAAAGAACAGUUUGCACUCAUUCAUACACAUUACUGAGGUGAGGUAUUACUCCCCACCCACCGCUCCGCCAUGCAAACUAGUUCGCGUACGUUAAUACGAAGUACCAGUUGUCUUAAUGUCGGAAUCUUAAAAUAACUGACCUUAUGGGACCUCGUUCAUAAGUCGGACAUUCGUAACUCAGGGACCCCCUGUAUUGGUAUGUUAACCCCUUCACUACAGGAAUGCAACUUUUAAUAUUUUACUUGGCUAACAAUAAGACAAUUUUAUUCAGCUCAGGGGAAUCCUGUACCCAAGUGGUUAACAUGAUAUCAUCCCAAUCUUGAAUGUGUAACAAUACAUUUAAAAAUAAAUAACCACCAAAAUUGUAAUCUCGUGUGUAAAACAUCUGUGAUUCACAUGUAUGAAACAACUAGCAUCCAUAUAUAUAUAUAUAUAUAUAUAUAUAUAUAUAUAUAUAUAUAUAUAUAUAUAUAUAUAUAUAUAUAUAUAUAUAUAUAUAUAUAUAUAUAUAUAUAUAUCGGUACUGUGCUGUACUGUACAGGCAUACCUCUUAUAUGUUCUUGAUGCACUCCUGUAAAAUGGAUCACUAUAAUAAGAAACCGCUCUAUUAAGGAACAUUAUAACAAGAUUCCUAAAGAAAUAUGUUUGUGACAGUUUGAUAUUUGGCCUGUGUAUGAGGGCUUCAUUGGUUAUCAGCACUAAUAACAAUCCUAUACUGUAUACACCUAAAUGUAUAAAAAAAAAUUGAAAUAUAUACGUACAGUAUAUAUAUUUUUUU